UUCUGUGCUUCCGAGAUUACCAUCGAUCCGAUCGACGGCGGAGGACCCGAAUCGAGCACGACCAGAUCCGAUUAGGAUAACGAAAUCCUUAUCGGAUAUGACUCGCCGUUGCUCUCACUGCAAUCAAAAUGGACACAACUCACGUACAUGUCCGAAUCGUGGGGUUAAGCUCUUCGGUGUUCGGCUCACAGAGGGUUCGAUCCGAAAAAGCGCAAGUAUGGGUAAUCUCAGCCACUGCUCUGGAUCCGGAUUGAGUGGGCUUGGCGGAAUCGGGUCGGAUUCUCCCGGUGAUGGCCCGGACCACGGCGUCGGCGACGGUUACGCCUCCGAGGAUUUUGUUCCCGGCUCUUCUUCUAGCCGCGAGAGAAAGAAAGGAAAUCCGUGGACAGAAGAGGAGCAUAGGAUGUUCUUAUUGGGUCUACAGAAGCUGGGAAAAGGCGAUUGGCGAGGAAUCUCCAGGAACUAUGUGACAACGAGGACACCUACUCAAGUUGCUAGUCACGCUCAGAAGUAUUUCAUCAGACAAUCCAAUGUGUCUCGCCGCAAGAGACGUUCUAGUCUCUUUGAUAUGAUUCCUGAUGAGGUAACAGAGGUUCUCAUGGAUUCUCAAGAACUGGGAGCCGAGGAUAUUCCUGUGGAAACACAAAUGCAGGACACUGAGUCUGUUCCGGCACCAUUGAUCCUGGAAACGGAAGAGUGUGAAUCCAUGAACUCCACCAACUCUAGUGGUGAGGAGCCACCAACUUUAACAGUUUCUGCUUCUUUCAGACCAGAAGACACCAUCCAAACGCAGCUACAACCAACUGGUUCAUUCCCUGUACUGUAUCCGACUUACUUCUCACCAUUCUACCCAUUCCCGUUCCCUGUAUGGUCUGCUGCGUAUGUUACCGAGCCGACAAAGGAAGAGACUCACGAGAUCCUCAGGCCAACAGCUGUUCAUUCAAAAGCUGCCCCUAUUAACGUCGAUCAACUUCUUGGUAUGUCUCAGCUCAGCCUUGGGGAGUCGAGCCAAAACGGUGUAUCAGAACAGUCUGUUUCAUUGAAUCUCGCUGGAGGGUCGUCUUCGAGGCAAUCAGCGUUUCAUCCAAAUCCAGCCAGUGGUGGUUCGGACAUGAACACUGUGAUUCAUGCUGUUUAAAGAUCUGCUGAUGCAAUGGUCUCUCAGGUUUAGGCGUAGCCAAGUGAACUCGCUGUCGUUAACAUAUGACUCUAUCAACAAUGACAAAUUGGCAGACAGGACCCAGGGCUGGGCUCUCGGGUUUGUUCUUGGUUAUAUUUAACUUCAAAAAUAAGAUUGUUUUAUUAGGUUCGUUUUAACUGCUUAGUUCAGCUUUGUUUAUUAG